AUGGCCACCGACAACAGGAUCAAUUUUUGGAGGAGAAACGUAAAGGUUCCCGGAAGGUGGGUGACCGUGAAAAAGAGGGGAAACGGUUCUGUAGCGAGAGUGAGAUGCACCCUGUAGGCUGAAUGUUGUUGUAAAUACCACCAACGAUCAGUAGGUUUGAUGUUCAUUUACUGUAUACAGAGUGUGUCAGCUAAAUCCAGUUUAUAAAGAGGAAUAUUCGGGGGUAGAGGGCUUACAAUGACCCGUGUAUCUAAGCGAAAUGUAUACACUGUGGCUGUAAACAGCCCAGCAGCAGUCAUGGGUCUCCUGGAUCGUGGAUGUUGUUUUUGGGUGGGUGACUCUGUGGGACUCCUCUGUCCUCGUUCUGUUUGUGUUUUUAAUGGCCUCCAUCAGAGACCUGCAGACCUACCUCUGUCCUCUCUGAGGUGUCAGCUGUCUCAGUCCCAGUGUGUGUGUGUGUGUGUGUGUGUGUGUGUGUGUGUGUGUGUGUGUGUGUGUGUGUGUGUGUGUGUGUGUGUGUGUGUGUGUGUGUGUGCGCGCGCGCGCGCGCGCGCCGACCUUACAAAAAAAAGAGACACUGACUGUGAGGAAGACUGCUCUGAAUGAUGAAGACCACUGCAGGAAACUUUGAGUACUUUAAUCAAAUCAGUCAAGAGGGGAAAGAUCACAGAAAUCCCCCUCUGGUCAGGUCAUAGUUUAUCUUUAAUAACUGGGGCGGGGGCAGUAGAAAUGACCCACCAGAGACUGUGUGAGGAUGAAAAUAGUUCCUACAGUGUUAGAGAGCAUUUAUAUUUUAUCAGUCAAGGGCAUAACAACAGCAGGAUCCUAGAAUUUGGCACACAAACAUAACUUUUAGGACUACCACUAUGAGCCACAGUGUUAGCAAGAAUUUAUAUCCUUAAUAACAUGAACCUCCUUUAAUAACAGAUAUUUUAAGGAUGAUUUCCAAAGUUGUAAAUUACUCUUGUAUGCCAUCGCGCUUGCAUUCAAGCAUUUACUUCCCCCUUUUGUUUCAAAAAAGUUGAAAAUAAAAGUACAAAACCAUUGUUGAACAACUUCAGCCAUAUAAACGUGGUGUGUUUUGUGGUCUUAUAUACAAUUAAUAUGAAAUAUUCUCACUCGCAUAAUUUUUGACAACAAAUCUAAUAACCAUUUUUUUUACCACAUGAUGUGCCUUGAUACCAUUUUUUCAGGACUGAUACCAACAAUCAGCAUUUGGAAACGACAUGCACUGACUGUAAAAAUCCAAAUAGAUAUUUGGUCUGCCCCUAAUGAUAUAGAUCAGUGUUAUAGUAUCAUUAGAGAGUGUGGUAAAUCACAUUUUGAAAGAGUGCUCAUUAGCUUACAAUAAUUCAGAGUAUUACCUAUCUGCUGUUCAUGGUUGAACAUUGUAUUUGCAGCAUGUUUCUCUUGAAUUGCAGGUGCAUCAAAAGGCUUUUUUAAUGUAAAAUUAUUAUCAGUUACCGUGAGGUGAGCUGACAGCUGAGUAAAACUUCAUCUGUUUGCAUGCAUGUGGUGUAAAAACAUGACCAUAAUGCUCAACUGUACAUGCAGAGAGUUGAGUAACACGUGUAUUUGCAUACACUGAAUAAUUUCCUCUUGAUUGUGAUUAAUAAAUAAUGUUUAGAUGUGAUUAUGAUUGAUGUGAAAUAAUUGCGUCGUGGUAUCAGUACAUUUGCAGUUAUUGUGCAGCCCUAAUUGAAAUAUUAUUCGUCCUGAAUAUACAGACAAAUACAACAGCACAUGUGUUAUGUCUUAUUCAUCACAGUCAUCAGUGUUUUUAUUGCGGUGUAUCAUAAUUUAAUGAGGCAUACACUGAAACAACUUAAUUAGGUUUACUAGAAAAGUGUGAAAUGAUGAAAAACAACAGCCUUUGAGAUGAUAAAAGUGUUUAUUUUGGUUGACCUAAUCAGAGUGGUAUUCAUUUAUAUCCCUGACUCAUUGAGGUUGUAGUUUGUGAUGGUGUUUAAGUUGUGCUCGUAACUCUUUCUCCCAUCACGUUAAGAUGAGAGAGGGGAAUAAUGGAAGUGACUUUAAUAAGGAGGGUCUGAUGUAGCAUCACCACCUAAUGUGAAGACAAACAAAUGAAAGUGAAGAUGAACAAUUCAAACCUUUCUGAUGAGCUGAUAACCUGAUAAACUGAUGAAUGAAUUAGUGGGUCAGUAAAGAUCUGUGGUUCUUGUCCAGCAGCUGUAUUUGUUUUGAUCAGAGUCACAGCAUGUUAUACGGGGAACAAAAUGUGCCUGUUUUCAAAACAGAACAUCUCCUCAUCCGGUUGUGUGAAAGAGUCUUUAGAGAUUAAGAAAGUGCUGUUAAACAUUUGUAGCUCAGUAGCUGUUUGUCAGACACUCAGCUGCUUACUGCUGUCACCACCUGAUUGUAAAUAUACAAACAGGAGCUGAGCUAGUCCCAGCCUGUCCCUCUUUCUCAAUCUGCAUCACGUUGGGUUAUAAUGGGCUCUGAGGACCUGGAGGUAUUCUCAUCAGGCCCUGUUUUAGAGUCUUAUCUCUGCAUACUUCUGGAAAAACCCGAUCAGAGUUAUCUGAUAAGACCUCUGUGACUUGCUUAUGCUUCAUAUCUUUAGACUUUUAUUGGCCUGUUUGGUGUAAAGACAGUGAAGCCUCUGAGUUGGUGGGUCCCUGAAACUGCCAGGCAGAGCGGGUGGAGUAGAGAGAGCGUUUGGGAAAUCUUAGGAGAGGAUCUCUGAGGAGAGGGUGUUUCUAUCUCUGUCACUCUGAUCUGCAGCGGUUUAAACGCUGGAAACACAAACAGAUGUUUGAACAGGAAGGAGCUGCUCGCCUCGCUGUCGUCCUUGAGCCGCUCUGAUAAAACAUGACGAGGCUCUGCUGGCAGCAGAUAAUCAGCCGACCCAGUUCUCACAGCCCGACUGCUGGUUUGCUCAUGCAAAAGACGUGAAGUAGUCUGAUAUCUUUCAGCUUCAGGCUGGAGAGGCCACAGUUUGACAAGAUCCUCAUACUGAAGGUGAUAUUUGAUACCCAGAAGAAUCCUCUCAGUGACUCUGAAUGAAGAGCUGAACGCGGGUUUAACUUCACUUCAGCAGCUCUGACAGACUCCUGUUUGGUUCAAUACUAACAUUAGAUAGUGUUUUAGAGGGAAACGGACUAAUCAGUGGAAAAUCUCUUUUGCUUCCUGUCAUCUCAGAGAGAAGACCUCUCAGACUGCUUCAGUCUUCUGUUGGCCAUGAACACAGGCUGCUCUCCUGGACUAUUAAUCAUAACUAAGACUUGUGAAAUCUUUCAACAGAAGAAAAGAGAGAUGGAAACAGCUGAGGAGUGUAAUAUUGUCAUAUUACAGUGUUGUAUACACCAGGGCCAGUCUUUCACAAAUUAUAAUGGUAACACUGAAAAUACAAAUUAUAUCAAUUUGUUUAAUUCCUUUUUUUUUAUUCCAACUUCAGCAGGGGUUGCACAACAGCAGUGUACUUUUUUUUUUAAAUUCAGAUAAAGUGGACCAUGUAGUGCAAGUUGUAGUGCAUGCAAUCUCUACUGGUUUUUAGGACUGUGUCGGUCAGUCUGCAUGCUAAGCAAACAUAUUCUGUAUUCAAUAUUAAAAGUAAGAUUAAAAGGCUAAAAACUUCUGCUGUAUCUGAUUAAAAAAAACCUCCAGCACUGUGUGACAGAUGGGACUUUGAGCAGUUUUGUGGCUCUUUCUCUUGUUUUCUCCGGUCUAGAUCUUUGCCUCUGUGGUUCUUAUGCUUAGAUAAACAUCCCAAUGGACUUUAAAGCAUUUGCUUAAUGAAAUUGUUAGAUUAUAAUAUUGCAGAAUAGAUAAUGAUAGAAAAUAUAUUUUGGGAUAGAGCAUCCAUCUGUCCAUCUGUUCAGUUACUUAUGCUCAUCCAACUCUUUCCAGCUUUUCCUGGGAGACUCUGAGUUGUUCCCUGGCAAGAUGGGAUAUAUGAUCCCUGCAGUUCAUCUGGGUCCACCCCAGGGUCCUCCCAGUUAUGAUCCCAUUGGGAGGCACCUGAACCACCCUGUCUUACCCUUUUAGAUGUACAGGAGAAAUAGCUCUCUGAACUUAGGCUCACCCCAGCCACUCUUUAGAGGGAAAUCUUUUGACUGUAUGUUUCUGUUAACUCAUUCUUCCAGUCACUACCCACAGCUCUUGACCAUAGGUGAGGGUUGGAACGUGGAUCAGUCAGUAAAUUUAGAGCUUUGCCUUCAGGCUCAGCUCCCCUUUUCAUCACAGCAUUACUUUGCACCAGAUACCUAAAAUCCCUUGCGUGAGGUAAAGACUCACUUCACUCCUAGAGGGGACAAUCUGUUUUCCAACAAGGUGCCACCCUGGCAUCCCAGCUGCUAAGCACUUGCCUGCUGGAAGUCCAAGUCAAGCCUGAAGAACCACAUUAUGCAAAAAAACAGAGAUAAUAUUCUGAAACUGGCUUCGGACAGAAAUUGCUGCCAAAAUGCUGAUGUUAGUUAAUCCUAUUGUCUGCAUAUAUAAAUUGUUAAAAACAGCAAUAACGUCAUAUCAAGUCUUUAUUUUGACAUAAUAUAAUAUCAUUUGUCAGCUAGUCAUCCCAACUGCCAGCAAACAGGGAAGAAGUGCUGUUGUUUGUAAUCGUGGGUCUAGCUCAGAUCCCAACCCACCACUCCUAACUGAGUCAGCUUCAGGUCACAGAGAGUUGGAAAGAAGCGGAGAAUGAAGAUUGUCACAUCCGUUGAGCAUACUGUUCACCACGGGGUGGUGACGAACACGGGGGCUGUGCAAUCUGUCCGCUAGUUCAAUUCAACACAAACUAAAAACAGAGCGAUCCAAAUAACACCGUGUGAGGGGGAGGAGCUGAGCCAGCAGUGGAGACAAAGUGAGAGUCUGUGUUUUAGACAACGACACAUUAUGUAGAGCGAUCCCAAAUUAACACUGUAGAACAAUCCUCCCUGAAAGCUUGUCCUCUACUCUCAGUACUCUCCUACUGAAAUAUCACAUCUUUGCAAACCACACGUGUUGUUUCUGCACCAUGUUCCAAUCUCCAGAAGAGCUUGUGUGUUUGUUUUUCGACAUGUAGUGUCUUUUGUAGAAGUUCUCACAAAUUAAAAAUUACUUAUUCAACAGAACAAUGUGCAAUUACAUAACAUAAAUGUGUAGUUUGUGGGUCAUGCACAUUUCUGCUUUUAGUUACUGAACAAAGAUCUUUGAGGUGCACACGUUGCACUGUUGAUAAUAUUUUGGGGAGAGAUAACUUAGCUGUGAGAGCAAACAGACUUUGAUUUUCUUCUUUUGCUGUUUUCCUCGUGCGUCUGUUUGAGAUGUGCAACUUGUCUCUGAAUAUGAAUAAUUCAGGACUGACUGGAUAUGGCUGCUAUAGCUCUAUCAGGCUUCAUGGCUUAAGAGUUCCUGCUGCGUCGUAUCAGUUAUUCUACAUGUCGUUUGCAGGAAACACACCCGGCGCUUGUUUGUGUUGCUUGUUAAACUCCUUUUUGUUUCUUCACUGGAUUAAGUUUGCCUUUAAACACAGUAAAUCUCUGUGAUGGGUUAGCUCCCUGAGUGUUAUUACAGUUCACUCUGAGACUGAUGAUAAGAUGAGUUUGUUUUCUCACACAAAGGUGACAGUAUCUCACCUAUCAUCUUCUGCAGUGUUCAACCAGUUUAUGGAGCACAACACCCCCCUCUUGAUCCGCGAUUACGUCGCACGUAAGUGCUGAGCUUGCCUGAACUGCAUGGCCCCGUGUUUACCCACCUGGGUAAAUUUGAUAAGUGUGUGUCUUUUUAUUUCAGUGUUGUUUUGCAGCAGAUUUUAACAUGCUUUAAGUCUGUGAGUGUGCACCAGUACUCUAACAGUGUGAUCAAAUGAUUUGAUGUCCUUUGUUUCUUUGAGUUUUUUUUGUUUGACUUCCGCUUUCGAUAUUUCUUUAUUCAUUGGUGGCAUCAUCUCCUAAAUGUUUGUGUGUUUUUACUGCCAGAGCUGCUGAUCAUCUGCCAGUCUGAACUCUGUGUCUGUUGCUCUGCAGGUAUCCCAAAGAAACAAAACCCAAAUUCAACAAUCUCAAGACGAAAAAGGCGUCCAGCUUCCAUGAGUUUGCUCGCAGCACCAAUGAUGCCUGGGACAUUGACGAUGAGGAGGACGAAGACUUUCUCGCUCCAGCUUCGUCCCUACCCUCAGGCCUGCACUCUGCGUCCUCACAGAACCAGGUAGAUACAUCACACCUGUCUCACUGAGCAGCUCUGGCUGUGAGCUGAUCUGAAAUUAAAGGAGAUACUCUCUCAUGUUUCUCUCUGCAGCCGCAGCAGAAUGAGGUCAGUGACUCAGAGACGGGGGUGUCACACAGACCGGCCCCUCACAUGACAGAAGCUCAGACUCUGCAGGAGGAAGAGGAGGAUGACGACAAUGAAAUAUGUGAGCACAUCAACGGCAAGGUGGUCAAAUCGAGCAGCGACGCCCACCUCAGCACGUCCUCAGGUAUGUGAGUGACACGCUGCAGCAGCUUUAGCAGAGCAGCUUAUCAGGUGAUUCACUGAAGCCCGACACAGACCGUGUGUGUGUGUGUGUGUGUCAGGGGGCUAACACUGCAGUCAGGGAUUAUACCAGGUCAGGCCUGCAGCUUGUGCUUGCCUACAGGCCUCAUAUAAUCCCCAUGAUGUGUUUUCAGUGACUCAGCCCACAGCUGUAUGAAGCUCUGACUGGCAGAAAGCAUGGUGUUCAAAUAUCACAGUUACCCCCAGUUGUGGGUUCGGAGCAUGUCAUACUGAUGCAUGAGCUUUAGGAUGCAAAAGAUAGGUGGAGGAGGACAUUAAAUUAUUCAAAAUAUGUUUAACUAAACAGAAGAAAGAGACAGAGGGUGACUGCAUUUACCAGAAGGCGCCUCUUGUUCACUUGUCUGUGAGGAAAACCUCUAAAUCUCUCCUAUUUUAUAGUGAGAUGAUUUUCCAACACAUUAUUUUUGAAGCAUCUAAACAGAUAAACAAAACCGUUUAGAAAAGGUAUAUCCAGAGAGGAGGAUCACCUGUUUUCAUUUCUGAUAGCUUAUUUGAUGAUCUUACCUGCUGAUUUCAUCAAUAGUGUUGAUGUAGAACAGUGGUUCUCAAGUCCAGUCCUCGAGGCCCACACCUGAUUCAAAUGAUCAGCUCGUUAUUAAGCCAUUACAGAGCUUGAUAACGAGCUGAUCAUUUGAAUCAGGUGUGUUGGAGCAGGGAAACAUCCAAAACAUGCAGGACAGUGGGCCUUGAGGACUGAACUUGAGAACCACUGAUGUCGAAGUGUCUGUAAGAAGAGUCUGAUCAUCACUUUUAAAGGAGGCACCAGUAUUGAGUGGAUAAACCGACAUAAAUAUCUCAAUAUUUUGAUUGAUGAUGGUAUUUUAUAGUUUUGUUUGAAACUUUGAUGUUAAAUUUUAGGAAAAUAUGCUUUUUUUCUAUGGGAAGAGGUUUUGUUUUUCACUGCUCUGUAGAAAUCUCCUGGGCUGGACUGUUGAGGCGUGUUGUACAGACAUGCUUUGGUUGCAACCAAAAAAUGCUAGAUGCUGUCUUUCUUUCUGCACUUUUGUUUCAUACAUAUAAAUUUUACAAAAAAACCCUCAUUGUGUCUCAGAUGUGUGAUUUGCAUACUUACCUGCUCAUUUGUAAAACUGUUAUCUCGAUGCUACAGUUGCAUUUCCUCCUUGCUAGUCUCCUUUACACUCACUCUAAAAGCUCUUUUACGCUCCAGGUUUUUAGAGCUUCAUUUAAGCUUCAUUCAGAGCUUUAAGAUCACGCAGUUCUCUGUUUCGUGCUUAUUUUUCUGCUCAAAGAUUUGUAGCUACAUUGUCAAUGUGUUUCUGUCUCUACAGUUCGCUCUACCUUGCAAAAGCAACAGUCUCUCCCAGUCCGUCCCAUCAUCCCACUAGUUGCCCGGAUCUCAGACCAGAACGCAUCAGGAGCUCCUCCCAUGACGGUGCGAGAGAAAAGCCGUCUGGACAAAUUCAAGCAGCUGCUGGGGAGUCCCAACACGGACCUGGGUAUGAGAAAUUAAAAAAAACAGAGUCAGAGUCUCACAGAGUAGAUAAGGAGGCGUUUUCUGUCUGUUUUGUCUCUGCUGUUCACUUGUACUGUGAAAUGUGCGGAUGAUGUGUUUUUACUUCACUGUGUGCUUCUACAGAGGAGCUCAGGAAGCACAGCUGGUCAGGAAUACCAAGAGAGGUCCGACCAAUCACAUGGAGACUCCUCUCUGUGAGUGACCUUCAGCUUUGAAGCAGCCCGUGUGAUUUCUUUGGAGCUGAAACAAUCUCCGUUUAUAUCAAAAUACUUCUCUUAUCUGAAGCAUCUGUUUUGUUCCUGACUCGUACUUUAUCUCACAUUCUCUGCUCUCUGUCGUCUCUCCGUCAGGGUUACCUACCGGCCAAUAAGGAGCGCAGAGAGCAGGUGCUACAGAGGAAGAGAGAAGAGUACUUUGGCUUCAUCGAGCAGUAUUAUCACUCCAGAACAGACGAGCACUAUAAAGACACAUACAGACAGGUAAACACACAACUCCACUGUCAAAAAACAUCAUCAUAAAUCAUCAAUUACUCCCUCGUCAAGAGUCAGAAAGCUAUGUAAGAUGUUCAUAAAAAACUAGAAUUUAAAGCCUAUAUUAAAUUGGAAAUCCUGCAAAAACAAGCUACCUGAUAUUAAAAUUAAAAAAUGAUACUGUUUUUUGAAAAAUAUCUGCUCAUUUUAAAUUUAGUAUCUGCAACAUGUUGUUAGAGGAACAACAAAACAUGAUUUGCAAACCAUUCAAGUUCAUUUUUACACAUUCAACACAGGGUUUGAUUAAUGUGUAAUUCCUUUUUCUUCCUGUUAGAUCCACAUUGACAUUCCUAGAACCAACCCUCUGAUCCCGCUGUUCCAGCAGCCAGUAGUGCAAGAGGUGAGACUUGAUCCAGAGCUUUCCCCACGUUCGCUUUUAACUGAAAGAUUAAAAAAACUAAACUAUUUUUAUUGAAUCAGUGAAAUAUAAAUGAAACAUUUCAGAUUCUUUCCUCGAGGCACUUUUACCCGACUUGUAAGAACUCUGAAAAAAAUCACAAGCUUGCAUUAAUUCAAGUUGAAUUGAGACUAAUCAAACCAGCGACACUUCAUGAAAGGAUUUUGUGCUGUAACUGCUGACUAGCCUCGGAGGAGGAACCUGCAUCAGAUUUCUUCACCACAGAGGAACUUGGCUGUACUGACAGUUCCUCUUAUGUGGUGAAUUUGCUUUUGUGCUCAGAUUUAAGAGAACCUUGGUUUAGCCAUCAUUUUAACCAUCUCAGAGUGAAUUGACCUUUUAUCUAAAAAAAUACAGUAUAUUAUCUUUAACCCUGUGUCUCUUUGGGUCAGUCAGUGCAUUUACAUGGUGUUAAUGAAAUCUAUUUGAUGCAGAAGUCCAACUUGGACUAAACUUUGAAAAUACAUGUGAACCAAAAUCACUAUAAUUCAAUUUUUUUGUGUAUUUGUACUUACAUAUCUUGAUAAUACAGCUGAGGACUGAUUUCCUCUCACAUGCACUCACCUUGAACCGCUCUGAACUGGCCGAAGCGUUCUGAGCAUGCUCCAUGGUUCACAUGCUGAAUAAAAGAUAUGCUGUCAUGAAUAGUGUUUCUUCACAUGGGCAGCUCUUAGAUGUAUGAAAUCCUGAACAGCGUCCGUGUUAGCAGCAGGUUAAGACACUGAUGUAACAGUGGUGUCUUUGCGUUUCUGUCUUCAGGUGUUUGAGCGAAUCCUUUUCAUCUGGGCGAUCCGUCAUCCAGCCAGCGGAUACGUUCAGGGGAUCAAUGAUCUGGUCACACCUUUCUUUGUCGUCUUCCUGUCUGAGUUUGUCAGUGAGUAAUCCCUACAUACACAUUUUACAUUUAAACAAAGUUAAUGUAGAAAAAAAAGACAUUUAAGGUUUUAAAAGGUAUUUUGUUUGUGCAUCAGUGGUCCAAGUAGAAACUUAAAUCUGUACUCAAGAGGAUUUUGGCUGUAUGCAUGUAGUCCAGUCUGUAUAUCAUAAGCUGUCCUUAAACGCAUCCUUUCCCAAUCUAUGUUAAUUUAGUAAACCUUCAUAUCUCUGGAAUACGCCCCUGUGUGAACAAAUGACAAAAACCUUUGUGUAUCUCAUUUUACUAGCUCCUUAUUAUAUGUGAUGUAAAAUAAAAUCCAGAGACGGAUAAAAAUGUGAAUCCUGCUCAUAUUAUUUUGAAAUGAGUAUAAAAUGUCAGCAGACCACAGAGAGUCAUCCCGCUGAGCUGCUGGAGACAGAUUCACAGAGGAUGACAGCAGAGCAGGCUUUACCUCCAACUGUCAGAAAGGUUAAACUGCUUUCGUAACCAGACAUCAGCAGAGCAGAGAGCAUCAGAAUAAAAUUCCUCCUGCUCUGUUUCCAUCAGUCAGUUAAGAGGUUUUGUUGUCUAGAGACUCAGCUCACAGUCUGCAGUCUCUCUGUAAAAUAAAGCAGCUAGAAAACCUAAAGUCUGUUGAUUUAACAGCCAACAUGCAGGUUGACUCUGAGGCUGCAGCCGUGGCUCUUUUAGGCCGUGAACAUUUCUCCAACUAUUCCAAUUAAAAUUCAGAAAAUAUAAGCAAUACCUGUGUGGGCUUCAUAAGUCUCAAUUGGUCCUGUCUGUCAUUACAGCGGAGGACGUGGAGAACUUUGAGAUGGCGGCUCUUCCUCUGGACACACAGAGAAACAUCGAGGCUGACAGCUUCUGGUGCAUGAGCAAGCUGCUAGACGGGAUACAGGUCUGCUGACAGACACACAAACACAAAUUUCACAGGCUGUAUAAAGACAUGGAUGACCUGAUCGCUCACCAAACAGUGAAGCCAAAACAUUGCUGCUGACUUCUCAUUGUGCUGAUUUAUGUCCUAUUUUAGUUUUAGUUUGGAUUAGUUAUUUGAUGCUAUAAGAAGGGCUGUGACAUCAUGAUUGACAGCUCUGUUAACCAUUGAGGCUCCUGAAGUGCUGUAUGUAGCAGAUUAUUAAAGAGAGAGGGAGAGUCAUUGACAUGGACUAGACCAGUGGUUCCCAAGUCCAGUCCUCGAGCCCCCACUGUCCUGCAUGUUUUGGAUUUUCCCCUGCUCCAACACACCUGAUUCAAAUGAUCAGCUCGUUAUCAAGCUCUGUGAUGGCUUCAUAACGAGCUGAUCAUUUGAAUCAGGUGUGUUGGAGCAGGGAAACAUCCAAAACAUGCAGGACAGUAGGAGGCUCCAGGACUGGAUUGAGAACCACUGGACUAGACCCACCUGCGGGAUUUUAACCAACAAGUUAAAGUGGGUUUGGUCAGUGAAAGGGGCGGGCUUUAAUACCAUAUCCACCAGACUCAAACUGCAAAUGUUCAAGAUGUCUUUACCUGUAGCAGCUUUCCUUUUGUGGAGUAUGAAUAGAGGGAGACAUGUCAUCAAUCUUUAUAUACAGUCAGUGAUUCACUGUCAUCUCAAUAUAAAUGUCUGAAGCUGUAAAUGAGAAAUUUCACAGGACAUGAAUGUUUUUUUAGGAUAACUACACCUUUGCUCAGCCGGGAAUCCAGAACAAAGUGAAAGCUUUAGAGGAGCUGGUCAGCAGGAUAGACGGUGAGUUUAAUGUCUGACUCUUGGUGUCGUGUUUAUGAAAGUUCAAGUUUACAGGCAUCACAGCUGAUUCCAGACAAAGUAACAUUUUAACAUCUGUUUCAGAGGAUAUCCACAAUCAUUUCAAGAGGUACGAGGUGGAGUAUCUGCAGUUUGCUUUCCGCUGGAUGAACAAUCUGCUGAUGAGAGAGCUUCCUCUCAGGUGUACCAUCCGUCUGUGGGACACCUACCAGGUACAGUCUUCUGUCUUCCCCCCACAGGUGUUUUUCCAAACUGGCUUCUGGUUUCUUAGUGCUCAGGAAAACUUCAGUUUCAACCCCAACCUGCUGACAAUAGAAUCAGGAUCUGUUCAAAUUCACCAGAGAGACUCUGACAUAAACAAAAAAGUUUCUCAUUCUUGGUCGGUUUGUUUUCACAGUUUUGCAUUUGUCACCAGGUAAAACUUGCUCAAUUGACUUAAUGAUUGAGUGUCUCACUUUUGCUUGUUUGCACUUAACGACAGUUGGUUAAACACAUUCUGAAUAAUUUUAUUGGAAUAGGCCCAAACUGUUAGUCAUGUGUUAUGUCCAAGUCACCCUCCAAAAGCUGGUGCUGUAGCUCUGGUAUAUGUCUGCUUCCAUCAUGCAAUGAUGCUCUGCUAUCCAGAUAUAAACGAAGGGUUUGUCAGUAUUUUGAUCUAGAAAAUGGAGACGGAGUUUUAUUAAAGCUGUGUCUAAUAAAACUGGUAUAUAUAACCAUCCAAACAGAGCAAUGAGUAACCAGUACAGGCAUGUGGAUGUGAACUUUUACAUAAUUUAGGCUCAGUUUUCAUUUUUUUUUUCUGCGUGUUUUCUUACCUUCAGUCUAGUCAUCUCGUCAGAAUUUAAAUUUCUGUUGAGAUAACCGGGAAAUGAGUCACUCUUAUCCAGAACAUCCUAUACCCUGAUGAUGAUACAUUAGUGCUGACACUUCAUGGAUACAUUUGACAAAGUUUUCUUAUCAUUAAACUUUCUCAAAUGUUAGUUAUUGUGUGAGUGCUGCACAAACUCACUGUUCUGUUUUGUUUCUCCUCAGGCUGAAGCAGAAGGUUUCUCUCACUUCCACCUCUACGUCUGUGCAGCUUUCCUCAUUGAGUGGCGAAAAGAAAUCCUCUCCAUGGUCGACUUUCAGGUAAAAAUACUGUAUGUCUGCUGCCAUCUCCAGCUAACAGAGUUAGCACUAAGCAGCAAUCCCAGCACUAGCAGACAGAGACACAACUCUGACAAAGACAUGAAGGCUUAAAGGAAAGUGAUCAUUUGAACUGAUUGACAGUAACUCCAGCGUUCACAAAUCUGAUGAUUCUUCAUUUUCAGCUUUUUAAGAUAAGAAAUUGAGUUUAGCUUGAACGUGGUCUUUGAAAGAUGUCUGAUGAACAAUUUUCUGCUCACUUAUAAAACAUGAAAAGAUCCUGUCUGUCUUCUCUAACGCAGUCUACAUGUCUAAAAUGAGUAUCUGUUCCUCCUCAGGGUCUUCUUAUGCUCCUGCAGAACCUUCCCACAAUCCACUGGGGGAACGAGGAAGUGGGUCUGCUGCUGGCUGAAGCUUACAGACUGAAGUACAUGUUUGCAGACGCUCCUAGCCACUAUAAGAGAUAA